CUGCCACGGGUGUGACAGUGUCUGUGCCUCUCUGGCACACCAGCGGUGUGAGCGCAGUGCCAGAGCCACAGGGACUCUGCGGCCACCACCCUGCUCUCAUCCUCCACCCCGCUCUGCGGGGAUCUUUGGGAGUGUCCAGGGAACACCAGAAAGAAACCAAGAUGCUCCUCAAGGAAAGGAUCCCUGCCCAGGACACCUGAUGGAGCACCGCGGAUGAGAAAAAACCCGGUGACACUCUCUGCAUAACGAGAUAAUUACUGUGCCUCCAAGGCUCUGGGGAGAAGUUGCCUGUGCUGAUGAAGUUAAGGGAGCUGAAGUCAUUCCCCAGAGGUAGGAUGGGUCCAGAGGGUGAACAAACCCGUGUGAGAUGCUGUGUAACAUGGAGCUGCACUUCCACCAGCGCCAGCAAGCCUUUCCUUGCUGUUGGGACGGAUCUCUGUCUCCACCAGCACUUCCCAGAGAGGAUUCCCCUCAUUCCCUUCUCAAGGAGGAUCCCACCGAAGCUCCUUUUACAUCUGAGAGCCCCAAGCACCCAACAGCUUCCCCAGAGGGUGCAGCACGGCCCGAGACAGCUCCAGUUCCAUCAGCAGCCCCAGCGUAUCCCUGAGGAAAUAGAGGGGAUGGGCCAGUGAUCUCAGUUGUUCUUUUGGAGCCAUUAUUGUUGAACUGGGAUCCCCUCUGAAGGACAAGCCAUGCAGUAGCAGCCAGCACAUCCCACGGACGAGCGGGACCCGGUGGUGCCGCGGGAGGGACGGGACAUGCAGAGCCUCCUCUGCCUCCUCUGGGGACUCCUCCUCAUCCUCAGCACCACCGGCACGGAGGGCUUUGCCCGGGCAGGCCGCAGGGUGUGCGCCGCGGGGCUGCCGAGCCGGCUGAGCGCCCACGCCGAGUCCCACGUGCAGCCCGUGUACCAGCCCUACCUCACCACCUGCCAGGGCCACCGCCUCUGCAGCACCUACAGGACCAUCUACAGGGUUGCCUACAGGCAGAGGUCCAGGCAGCUGCCUGAGCCCACGGCCUCGUGCUGUCCUGGCUGGAGCAGAGCGAACGGCCACACGCUCGGCUGUAACAGAGCUCUGUGCUGGGAGCCGUGCCAGAACGGCGGGAGCUGCGCCUUCCCCGGGAGAUGCUCCUGCCCACCCGGCUGGAUGGGCCGAGCCUGCCAGACAGACGUGGAUGAAUGUGCCAGCCAGAGCCACGGGUGCAGCCAGCUCUGCAUCAACACAGCCGGGAGCUUCCACUGCGCCUGCUGGGAUGGCUUCAGCCUGGCUGCCGAUGACAAGGGGUGCCAGCCCCUGGUGCCAGUGCCUGGGACAGACACCCCCAGCCAAGCAGGUGCCUCCAGUGAAAUGAAGGAAGAAAUGAAGGACCUGAGGAGCAGAGUAGAAGCGCUGGAGCAGAAGCUCCAGCUGGUGCUGGCCCCCUUCCACAACCUCAUGCCGCCAGAGGAUGUCGGUGCAGACCCCAUCAGCCGCCUGUCCCACUCCCUCCAGCAGUUGGACAGGAUCGACUCCCUGAGCGAGCAGAUCUCUUUCCUGGAGGAGCGGCUGGAGACCUGUUCCUGCAAGAAUGAACUCUAGCAGAGCACCUGAGGACCUGGAGCAAGCUGAGUGCACGCACAGCUCUUACCUCCCUCUCCAGCCCCAGGCUGGGAUGAAGCCACUCCAUCUCCAGGAAGGCACAGGGUGGCAGGAGAAGGCUGGGUUCCCAUCAGCACCUCCAUUGUUCUCUCUUUGAGUUCACCUCACCAAAGGUCACGCAGCUCCUUCCAAACCAGACUCUGAGCCCUCUCCCUGCUGGAGAGGCAGCAAAUAAAUGCCUUACCUCGUGCCAUGA